AUGGAGGACACAGAAGAUGCCAUCGCUGUUGUUGGGAUUGGAUGCAAUUUCCCUGGAGGUGAGGGGCUGGAUAAUUUCUGGAGAGUUCUGUUGGAAGGGAGGAACUGUGUUGUAGAUAUCCCACGAGAGAGAUUUGACAGCGCUUACUGGUAUGACCCUGACGAGAGCAAACCUGGAAAGACACAGACAACCAAGGCCGCCCUCAUAAAUGGCUUGAACGAGUUCGAUCCCAAAUUUUUUGGCAUCACUGAGGCCGAGGCUGACAUCAUGGACCCUCAACAAAAGCUCCUGCUACAGUGUACAUACAGGGCAUUAGAAGAUGCGGGAAUAGCCAUGGAGGCAAUCAGUGGAACCAGAACUGGAGUGUAUAUGGGUCUUAUGAACAGAGACUAUGAGACCCUUCUUAACAACAAUCCCAGUACAAUAACCCACUACAAUGGCACGGGGACAGCUAUGAGCAUGGCUGCAAACAGAAUAUCCUUCACCUUUAAUCUCACCGGCCCUUCCUUUGCCAUCGACAGUGCCUGUUCCUCCUCUCUGGUGGCUCUGCACUCAGCGUGCCAGGCUAUAAAGCAAAGGGACUGUGACAUGGCUCUGUGUGGGGGUGUUAGCUGUAUCAUCGAGCCAAGAGUCUUUGUCGCUCUCAGCAAGGCGAAGAUGAUCUCACCUGAGGGAACCAGCAAACCUUUCUCCAGCAGAGCAGACGGCUAUGGCAGAGGAGAGGGCUGCGGUGUGGUUCUGCUGAAACCACUGAAAACUGCAAUAAAAGAUUUCAACAGGAUUUGGGGUAUCAUCAGAAAAACUGCUGUCAACCAAGACGGCCACUCCGUCACCCCAAUCACCAAGCCCUCCAUGGUUCAACAAGAGGAACUUCUACGUAGAAUCUACUCUAAUUCUGACCUUGCACAAGUCCAGUACAUAGAAGCACAUGGGACCGGAACCCCAGUUGGAGACCCAACAGAGGCAGGGAGCAUCUCAAAUGUCAUUGCCAAAGCCAGACCUCCAGGUUCAGAGAUCCUCCGCAUCGGGUCUGUGAAGAGCAACAUUGGACACACUGAAUCUGCAGCAGGAGUGGCAGGACUUAUCAAGGUACUCUUAAUGAUGAAACAUGAAACCAUUGUUCCCUCAGUGUUCUACUCUGGGGACAGUGCCAGUGUAGAUGCCAAAGCCCUGAGUCUAAAUAUUGCCACCAAACCUGAGAGAUGGGAGACAAAUGGGUCAGUGGAGAGGUUAGCCGGUAUCAAUAGCUUUGGAUUUGGAGGCACAAAUGCACAUGCUAUUGUCAAAGAAUACAGGCAAGGUAGUGUUCCCACGUUGAUCACUCAUGGUUGUCGGCAGGUGUUUGUAAUUUCAGCAGCCUCAGAGAAAUCGCUGAUCUCAUCUAUUGCAACCACUCAGCAGAGUAUUUGCAGAGGUAUAUCAGUUGACAUACAAGCUUUAGCAUAUACAUCAGCAUGUAGGAGGAGCCAUUACAAACACAAAUAUAGGAAAGCCUUCCUAACAUCUUCUCUCUCUGAUUUAAACUGUCAGCUGACGUGUGCGCUUAACAAGAGGGUUGAGAUGACCAAGUCAGACACCCAGCUGGUGUUUGUGUUUUGUGGUAACGGGGUUGCCUACAGAGGUAUGUGUAAGCAGCUGUUUCGAGAGGUUCCUGUGUUUCUAGAAAAGGUGAGAGAGGUUGAUACUCUCUUCCAGAAUUACAAAACCAUCAGCAUCAUGCAAAAGAUUGUAGAUGACAAUGACAAUUAUGAUCACACCAUGCCAGAUAUUGUCCAGCCUCUUCUCUUUGCUAUUCAGGUUGGCAUUGCCAGUCUUCUAAGGCACUGGGGUGUCAAACCUGAUGCCGUUCUUGGACACUCUGUCGGAGAGGUUGCCGCUGCUCACUGUUCUGGCCUAUUGUCCCUUGAGGAUGCAGUGAAGGUGAUCUAUUUCCGCAGUUAUCUCCAGAGCAAAGUCACUGGAGGGAAAAUGCUUGUAGUUAGCAAUAUGGCUUUAGCAAAGGUCUUGGAAAUUCUUCCCAAUUUCUCGGGGAAAAUUUGUAUAGCAGCUUUCAAUAGCCCUCAGUCCUGCACUCUGUCAGGUGAUGCAGAUGCAAUAGAAACCAUCUAUAAGAAGCUGAAGACCAUGUUUAUGGAUAAAAAUCUUUUCCUCCAUAUCUUGGAUAUUCCAGCUGCAUACCACAGCCAAAUGAUGGAUCCCAUAUUGGGUGACGUUGAGAAAAAUAUUGGCUCUCUGAUUGUUGGUAAUUUGGACUGUGAGCUAUUUUCAACAGUGAGAGGAGACAAGUAUUCAAAUGGUGACUUUAGCACAGGCAGGUAUUGGGCAAAGAAUAUCAGAGAGCCUGUUUUAUUUGAACAAACUCUGAUGGCUGUGACGAAGGACAAGCAGUCAAGUAGAAAUGUGGUGUUUGUUGAGAUUGGGCCACGGAGCGCUCUCCAAAGAAACAUCCACGAGACUUGUGGAAAUGACGCGAUUGUUCUCCCAUCAGCGCAGCCAGGGAAUGAUUAUGAGACAAUAUUGUCUACAACUGCAAAACUGUUUGAGCUGGGCACCCAUGUGGACUGGCAUCAGUUCUAUUGUGGAAGUGAGACAUUGCCAACAGCUUUUCCAAUCUAUCAGUUUGAAAACCUUAAGAAAGAGGUGCAUUUUGAGGCUGUGAGAAAGGGAAAUGAAUCAACCAUUUUCUCUCAUCCACUUUUAUCUAUAACAAAGCAGAAUGAUAAAGAGCACAAGUGUAAUCUCUCUUUGGAGCGAGCUGCCUAUCUUUGGGAACAUAAAAACAAUGGCCUCACUAUUGUGCCAGGGGCUUUGUAUGCUGAACUAGCUUAUGCCUCAAUCAUGGCAAGUUUAAUGCCAAAGAUGCCCAUUUCAUUUCUCCAGCUUGGUGUAACUUUUCACAGUCUGUUAGCUCUGAGCUCAAACACUCAUCACGUGAAAGUAAUAUUGGAGCAUGCAGACAGUGAGGGUAUAUUUACAAUACAGUCUUACUCAUCGAUACAUGCAUCUGGAUCAUAUAAGUGUAGAAUUGACCAGCAGUUGUUAGAAGAGCAAACCAUUUGCCUUAACAUGAUCUUCCAAAGGUGUAAAUUGGUUGUCAGAAGGGACGAGAUUUACUCAAUUCUUGCUCAAGCAGGCUUUGAAUAUGGCUCAGUUUUCAAACAGCUCAAUGAUGUGCAAUUUGGAUAUGAAUUCAGGGAAGCUGUGACAGCAAUUCAAGUCCCUGGUGACAUUCUCGGACAGCUCCAUGAGUACUACCUCCAACCUGUUAUUUUAGACUAUUUCCUGCAAAUGACUGCUGUGGUAGCUAUCAAAGGCCGAUCCAGCAGACAAGGAUUCCCGUCGGCAAUUGGCAGCGUAGUCAUAUCAAGACCUUUGCAAGAAGAAAUGGUUAUGUACUUAAGAGUAACUCAAGAGACAACAGACUUCCUCGAUGUAUGUGGUUGCUUCACUACUAAAGAUGGACAUGUACUUGUGGAGCUUAAGGAAGUGAGAAUCUCAUUCUUGGGCCAGUACUCAAACAUUGCUAAGUCAUUGUUCUUCCACAAUGAAAUGAUCUCAGUUACUGAUGAAACUGACUUCAACUGCAAAAUAAAGGCCAUUAUUUUUGAGGAUCAAUUAGGCAUUGCUAAAGCACUAAGACCACAUGUACACCCAGAAUCAAUAACUGUGAUGAAACAAGAUUGCUGGUUGUCAGAUCAACUUCAAGACUUGGUGAUUCAGUCACUUUGCAGUCAUGUAGAUUUAGAGGAUGUUCUGUAUAUUUCAGGUGUUCAGGACCUAAGUCACCUUUCAGCUGAGCAGACACUGGAGUGCCUGGUGAGUUGCUGUGAGCAGUUUCGCCAGAUUGUUCUCGCCUUGAAAAAGAGCAAACGCUCUUGCAAUGUACGAGUUAUAACUUACAGAUCCACAGAGAAAAAUGUGGACUAUAUCAGUCCUGGCUUUGUGCUGUCUGGUAUGAUGAGGGCUUGUGCAGCAGAGAUAACCGGUCUCUCUUUUCAGCUAAUUGACCUUAUCUCUCUGACAAGGGAAGACAUUCAAGCUCUAGUUCGUGUGAUAAGGUCCAGCAAACACCAAGAGGUGAUGAUCAGCGAGGGCCGGACGCUGGCAACAAGAAUAGUGCGAAACCACACUAGAGAUAGGGCUUUUUAUGAGGGUGGCAUCCAUUCAAUGCCUCUGAGGGACUUUUUCCUGCAAACUGCUGAUCCAUAUAGAAUGACAAACCUAUCUGCCAUGCCCGAUGAUGGACCUAAAAAUCUUGUCCGAGAGGGGUCAGUUGAGAUUCAGCUGAUGAAUGUAUGUGUACAUUCAUCUGAUUACUUUCCUGUCAGUGUUUCACAUUUUAGCUAUGGCGAGACCAUGUAUUGGAAUAAAUACACAACUCAGAGUCAAAAGGUGCUGGCUUUAGAUUUUAGUGGCAUUGUCACAGCUGUGGGGAAAGGUGUUCACAGCCUGAAAGUGGGAGAUCAUGUUGUGUCUUGCUAUCCAGUGGCUGCCACUGCAAGGAUCAUGAUUCCUGAAGCAGGAUGCUACAACACAAAUAAACUCCCAUUUCUACGAGAGACUCCAUGCAUGUCUUACUUUGUGUUGGCAUGGGAGAUCUUGCAGAGAAUUCUGCCUCAAAUUAAACAGCAGAGGAAGCUGGCUAUCAUCUCCUCCAGCCCAGCCUCUUGCCUGCUGAAGGUUUUGGCUCUGACAGCAAGCCGCUCAGGCUGGAACGUUACCUCUCAGCCAUAUUUCACAAGGGAACUCCUGAACAUUGACGAGUGUCAUUCGUUUGUUUUUCUUCCCCCAUUGGACCAAACAUGGCAGGGAAUAAAUGAAAGUGCUGGCCCUGAGAGACACAUCAUUUUCGUGUGUAAUGAUCGAUUGUCGUCGUCACUUUCAGUAAACAUGCUUGCACAGGAGAGCGAACACAUGCACAUUCACAAACUUAAUGUCUCAAAUGUUUUCCAGAGAGCCAGUCUUAAAAAGCAAAAAACAAAGAUUUUUCUCUGGUUAACGUCAUUAGGCCUGGAAAUGGUACCUCUGAAAAGGGAAACUUUUCAGGCACUAGGUGCAGGAGUUCAGACCAGCACAGAUGUUGAGUCCUAUUUUACAGCAAAGAUUGUGCAGCAGGUGGUCUUAGACUGUAAAGGAUCUGAAUGUCCAGUGUCUGAUGUCCCUUUGCUUACAAAGCCAAGGCAACUCUUUAAGGAAAACUGUGUAUAUAUUGUGACCGGAGGCCUCUCUGGCUUGGGACUUGAGACAGUCACGUUCAUUGCACAUAAUGGUGGAAGCUGCAUUGCAACACUGUCCAGAGGCAUUCUAUCUGCUGAUACUCAGGUUGAGAUGGCAACGCUGCAGAAAAGAUGUGGGGUAUCCAUCGUAAAUGUCCAGUGUGAUGUUUCUGUGUCAGGGCAGGUGGUAGAGGCAAUCUCAAAGAUUAGACAAAAGUUCCACUCAUGUCCAAUCAGAGGAGUCUUUCACAGCGCCGCAGUAUUACACGAUGCACUGAUCGAAACCCUCGACGAGUCCCUCUUCCGAAAGGUGCUACGGCCAAAAGUGAGCGGGGUCCUAAAUCUCCACCAUGCAACACUGCACAACAAAUUGGAUUUCUUUGUGUGUUACUCGUCCAUCUCCUCUGUCAUUGGCAAUGCCUCACAGAGCAACUAUGCUGCAGCCAACUCCUUUCUUGAUACUUUCUGUCAUUAUCGGAGAAACCUUGGACUUGCUGGACAGUCCAUCAACUGGGGUCCUCUGAACCUUGGUCUGCUGUUUAACAAAGAGCAUUUCCAAAGGUUCCUGGAGGCAAGAGGGAUGAUGGUUAUGGAUGUGUGUGAGAUUUGUGAAGCUCUUGAGAAAUGUUUGCUUAUGAACAACCCGCAACAAGUCAUAUGCAAGUUCAACUUCAAAAACCUAAACAGCCAUGUUCUUUCACAAAAUGCCUCUCUUAAAGAACGACUGUCGGCUUUGGUUGAAAUGGAAGUGAGAGACAAUACUAUUAGGCUUACUGAACCCGUGGUUCAAAAAUUGUCCUCCAUACACGACUGCGUGAAAACAAUUCUCAGUGAAAUAAGCAAUGUUUGCAUUGAUGAGGUGGAUGAUGACACAGCUUUGCGUACGCUGGGCAUUGACUCAAUGUUGGCUAUGACCCUGCAGAACCAGAUUUUCCAGGAGAUGGGUGUCAAUGUUCCUUUGGUUCGAAUACUGGACCCCACUUGUACAUUUUCCACCUUGGUUACCAUUUUAAGGGAUGGUGGAUAG